GUUAAUUAAAAUUCAAAGAUAGAUGUUAUAACUAAGAGAUUUACUUUUUAUCACCAGAUGAUUGAAGACAACGGCGUAUGAGCGUUUCGUUUACAAGAUGAUUGCCGUAUUUGCCGUUGUUGUCCUAGUGGCAAUUGGUCAACACCCUCAAGUAGAAGGAUUACCAGCAGGAAAGCCAGCUGAUCAAAGUGCAAAAUGGAAUCAGCUUGUGUCAUUAUUGAACAAGGCUGCAUUAGGGGCUAAAAUUUCAAGCCCUCCAAAAGUUGCCCCCAAAACACUUCCCUAUUCAGUCCAGAUCAAGCAAUCCAAAGGACAGGUGAAUUCCAAAAAUCCUAAAUACAAUCUCCGUCGCCAUAUUUCUCCAACUGUAAUUGCUCCCUUGCUCCGAGAAUUCCAGAAAAGCGUAAAUCUGGUCCCUACUUAUAGGAGACCUCAGCAACUCCAACGAAGAGUCAUCUGGAAACCAAACACAGUUCUGCCAAACGCUGCGGCUCUUGGAGUUGAUAUAACUGCAUCGGGCAAAACCAAAACACCCAGAAAAACGUCCACCUACCAACCAAAAAGUGGAUCUCGACCAAGUAGUCAAUUCGCUCCUCCAUUGCCUCUAGGAUUUCAGUUGUCAGAGAACAUUCCCCAGACGGAUAGCGAGGACGACGACGAUGAUAAAAGUGGUAUUCACGAUGACUGGGAUGAUCUGGACGAUAACGUUGAUAUUUACAAAGAGAAAAUUAUGGGAGGGUUAAUGAAAAAACACGAAGAGUUCAUGAAAAAGAGAUUUUUCCAACAGAAAGCAGCACCUGCCGAUACAGGGCGCCGAGUUAUGGUCGAUCCCCGCAAAAAUGACGUCAUUAAAAUGUCAGAAUUUGCAGCUAGGCGUAGAAAUAUUGCCAAGUAUCUUAAUAAGGAUGAUUUUAUAAAAUUUUUAAUAAUGGGAUUAACACGUGUCAAAAAUGGUGAUAACGAUGACAUUAAUAAUGACAGUGGUGAGAAAGAUGCUUACACCAGAAAAAUCCACAAUCUCAAUGAGGUGAUAAGUCGGGAAAUACAAGAAGCUCAAUCAAAAGAGAAAGAUGAUAAAAUUGAAUAUGAAAACAAUUCUAAAGAUAACUCAGUGGAGGACGACAAUAGCUUGGCAAACUUUUUCAAAGAUUAUGUGGAGGAUGAUGAUUCAGAGGAAAAGGCCGACGUCUCAGACGAAAAGAAUGUUUAUAUCAAAGAGGAAGCCAACACUUCUACAGAUGAGGACAGCAGUAAUUCGGUAGACGACACAAAUACUUCACAAUCCGACAACAAUGUUUCCAACGAAAACAACAGAGAUGAAGACGACGGAUCUGGAAAGAAAUCAGCGGAAUAUAAUGACGAUUAUCAUUCGUUUGAGGAUAACAAUCUCUCAAAUUUUGAGGAAAAUAGUGGUGGUGUAAGUAACGCCCUUCAAGACAAGUCUACAGAGGAUAAAACAUCAUCUGAUAAAGAUAACAGCAAAGUUGACAACAAAGACGAUAAGUCUUCAACUGAGACAUACGACGAAAACUACUACGACGAUGCAGAAUACGAUGAUAGUGAUGAUAACGGAGAAGAUUCAUCAAAGACAGAAGAAUCGAGAGAGGAAAACUCAAUUGAAGAAGAAGACACAGCAUCUGGUGAAGAAGUAAAGCGAUCAUCUAAUGAAAAAUCUGACUACAGUAUGAAUGAAGCCAGUUCUGAAAAAACUUACGAUCAAAACAGCAAUGAAGACUACACAUUUGAGGUAGAAGAUGCAUCAGUAGAGGCAGAGCCAGAAAAUGAUGACAAGAGUCAAGAGGUCGAAAGUAAACAAAACGACAAUACAAGUCGAGAUACUGAGAAAACAGAUGACAUAAGUCAAGAUGUCGAUGCUUAUUCAGAAGACAACACCAGUGGCGAUGUAGAUUCUUACGCAGAGAAAGCCACGAGUCAGGAUGACGAUACUGAGAGAGAAGAAAACACAAGCCAAGACACCGAUUCUUAUCCAGAAGAUAACACAAGUCGAGAUGCCGACGCUGAACCAGAAAGCAACACAAGUCAGGAUGCCGACGCUGAACCAGAUAGCAACACAAGUCAGGAUACCGAUUCUUAUCCAGAAGGCAACACAAGUCAGGAUGCCGACGCUGAACCAGAAAGCAACACAAGUCAGGAUGCCGAUGCUGAACCAGAUAGCAACACAAGUCAGGAUACCGAUUCUUAUCCAGAAGGCAACACAAGUCAGGAUGCCGACGCUGAACCAGAAAGCAACGUAAGUCAGGAUGCCGAUGCUGAACCAGAUAGCAACACAAGUCAGGAUACCGAUUCUUAUCCAGAUGGCAACACAAGUCAAGAUGCCGACGCUGAACCAGAAAGCAACACAAGUCAGGAUGCCGACGCUGAACCAGAUAGCAACACAAGUCAGGAUACCGAUUCUUAUCCAGAAGGCAACACAAGUCAGGAUGCCGACGCUGAACCAGAAAGCAACACAAGUCAGGAUGCCGAUGCUGAACCAGAAAGCAACACAAGUCAGGAUGCCGACGCUGAACCAGAAAGCAACACAAGUCAGGAUGCUGAUCAUGAGAAAGAAGAUGUUACAAGUCAGGAAGUGAAUGCUUAUCCAAAAGACAAUCAAAGUCAAGAAGCAGAUGCUGAACCAAAUGACGACAACACUAGCCAAGAUACUGAUGUUGAGUCCUUUGAUUAUAAUACAAGUCAAGAUGUAGAGCAAUUAGAUGACAAUAAAAGUCAGGAGGCCGAAAGUGAACCACUUGUAGACAACACCAGUGAAGAGGUUGUUAAUGACAAUACUGAUGAUAACACAAGUCAGAAUGUUGAUGUGGAACCAUCUGAAAACGACAAUGAUUCAUCAGAAGUACAAUUAACACUGAGUAUGUUGGGAUUACAAGAUGACAAAAACUCCAAAGAAGUUACCCAGUAUAGUGUAAAAACAGAUGAUCAAUCUCAAGAAAAAUCAGAUCAAGACGCUUCUAAAGAAGUUAUUGACAAAGAUGAUGACAAAAUGGAUGAUAAAAAAGAUGAUACAUCAAAGGAAAAAGAAUAUAAAAUUAAACCAGUCGUGCUCUUUAAUGUUGAUGAUAAUUCUAAAGAAAAUGAUGAUGAUGACGUUAGGGUACCCGUUCAUCCGCCAAAAAUGAUGACUGCAAAUAAUAAACUUAGAUAUGAACUUGAGACAUUUCUAAGACUUUUCCAAAGGUGGCUUUCACAGAAAAAGUAGACAUUUGUCUUGUCUUUCUCUGCGUUUUAUCAAUCAGGAAUUGUACAGUUUUCUAGUUUCGCUUUCAUUGUUAUUUAUUAUUUCAUUACUAUAUUUUUUUUCAUUU